AUGCUGAGCCUCCUCUUCUGGAACUCUGCUAGACCUGGCGCCGCACCUUCACCUGCACCUGCUAGAAACGUAAAGGAAUUCCUUCCCCACGUCCUGCGUCCCACGUUCCACAACCACACCCAUACCUACGCCCACCCUACGCCUACGCCGCCUACGGCGCUCACACGGGACAUCGCUGCUCAAAUAAGAGCUUCUAGCGAUUCCGGCGACAGGUCUCGACUCCUCCUCUGCCGCUGCCUCCAGCUGUGCCACUGUUACCAACAGUAUCGAAUUGUCUUCGAGCCGACUUCUCAGUCUACCUUUGCCGAAUAA